ACAAAAUUAUGCAGUGCCCGGUGUAGUGUUCUGAAAGCGCCGCCGCAUCGACGAGGGGUAUCGGUGCGAUUUGGCAACCUCAUCCCUUUCAACAUCCUUUAGUAACGUCCACCAAAACCAACAUCAUGGCGCGCAUAUUAAUAACCGGCUCCUCGGAUGGCCUCGGUUCGAUCGUCGCCCAGCGCCUCGUGGCUCGCGGCCACUCCGUCGUUCUACACGCUCGAAAUCCCGCACGCGCCCAAGACGCGAUAAAGGCGUGCUCAGGCGCGGAGACCGUCGUCACGGGCGAUCUCUCCAGCAUUGAAGAUACCAAGAAGCUCGCAAACGAUGUAAACAAACUCGGCAUAUUCGAUUGCGUUAUUCAUAAUGCAGGUCUCUUCCGCAGUCCGUACAGCGAGACAGCAGAUGGCAUACCUCCGCUCGCAGCAGUCAACACGCUCGCGCCAUAUAUCCUCACAUGCUUGAUCACUCGGCCCAAAAGACUGGUCUUCGUGUCAAGUGACAUGCACCAGAGCGGUGACGGUAGUCUCGAAGACAUACUAUGGCAGCAACGUGGGGAGAAGGGCUACGACCCCAUCAAAGCGUAUCGGGCAAGCAAGGUGCACGCCGUCAUCUUCGCGAAAGCAUUUGCGCGGCGGUGGCCCGAGGUCAAGAGCAAUUCGCUGGAUCCAGGCUGGGUGCCAACCAAGAUGGGCGGAGCCAAUGCUUCUGGGGAUACGGAGGCAGCGGUAGCUACAUAUGUGAUGCUGGCGGAGGGAGAGGAGGUAAAUGCGCAGCGAAGUGGCAUAUACUACAACCCUGGACCGACAGAAGGGCGGGCGCAAGCUUCAACGGACGACGAAACGGUGCAGGAACGUCUGCUGCAGAUUUGCGCAGAUUUCACCGGUAUCAACCCAUCCAUCUGAAAGGUAAGAGACGCGCUGGAUUUUUGCCCAUCAGAAGUUUUUAGACAUCUACUAAGCUUAACUCUCCUUCGCCCCUUUCGCUCCUCUUUUCUUGAGACCAG